AUGUCAAACAUUUACAAUCAUCGGCAGAUGGUUCCAUCUGCUCCACUGUCGUCGCGAGUGACUGAGCUUUUGGAAGCGUUAAGGGCAGAGUAUGACUCGCUUAACCAAGAGGCUUCUAACAUGAGGCUUUUCAAGGACGAGUAUGAGCAGAGAAUAACCAGCCAAAUCAACGAAAUUCAGGCGGUACAGCAGAAUCUGUUUGAGCUUGACCGCGCGCACCACAAGAUUAAGCAGCAGUACGAGGAGGAGAUUCUGCGCCUGCGCCGUGAGCUUGAGGCGCGUGGAGGGCCACCAGUGCCCCCUGGUCCCUUCAUUCAGCAGCAGCAGCAGCAGCAGCUUGGUCCCCAGGUCCAGCAGCAGCCACCGAUGCCCAUGAACCAGCCGCACACCUCGGGCAUGCCCCCGGGUCCUAGCGGAAUGUACGGCGGUAUGCCUCCUUCCUCUGGUCCCCACGGCGGCCCUAAUGGCUCGGCAAUGGCGCCCGGACAGCCUCCCCUUGGCGGCGAGCCGCACCCUGGCGCUUACAUGGGCCCUCCUGGAGCCUACGGACCGGGCGGUAGCGUGCCGAUUGGUGGCCAUGGGCAGCCGGCCACCCCGCAGCAGCAGGCGGCGGGGGUCAGCAAGGAACGCAAGCCCAGCGUGAUGGGCCCGAGCCAGGCACAGCAGCAGCAGCAGGCUCAACAACAGGCCCAACAACAGGCUCAGCAGCAGCAGCAGCAACAGGCCCAGCAGGCUCAGCAGCAGGCCCAGCAGAACGCAGUGCAGAUGGGAAGCCGGCAGACGCCAACGCAGUCUGCGCGCAACGUCAACAUCAUGCCCAGCAAGGGCGUGGUGACCAGCAGCCAGCUCGCUGACAUCGACCCAGACACUGUGCCGGCCAACUUGAAGCGCGAGGGCGCCGACUGGUUUGUCAUCUUCAACCCCAAAUUGCCGCGCACGCUGAACAUCGAGCAUGUGCACACGCUUGACCAUACCAGCGUAGUGUGCUGUGUCAAGUUCAGCAACGACGGCAAGUACCUGGCGACCGGGUGCAACCGCACAACGCAGAUCUGGAACGUCGCAACGGGAGCCAAGGAGUGCGUCUUGGCUGAUGAGAACGCGCCCAAGAACGGCGACCUGUAUAUUCGCGCUGUGUGCUUCAGUCCCGACGGCAAGUACCUGGUUACCGGUGCCGAGGAUAAGCAGAUUCGUAUUUGGGAUGUCAAGAUGCGCUCAAUCCGGCACAUGCUCAGUGGCCAUGACCAGGACAUUUACUCGCUUGAUUUUUCGCCGGACGGCAGGAUGAUUCUGUCCGGGUCGGGCGACCGCACUGUGCGGCUGUGGGACUUGGAGUCGGGCAAGGAGAUGUUCAAGUUCUCCAUCGACGACAUGGGACCCAAGGACGCCGGCGUCACGUCGGUGGCGUUUUCACCUAACGGCAAGCUGGUUGCCGCCGCGUCGCUGGACAAGAUGAUUCGCCUGUGGGAGGUAUCGACAGGCCACCCGCUGCAGCGCAUCGAUGGGCACAAGGACUCUGUGUACGCAGUGGCCUUUUCGCCUGACGGCCAGUCACUUCUGUCGGGCUCGCUGGAUAAGUCCCUGCGUAUCUGGGAUCUCGGGCGCUACGGGCCUAAUGGCCGUCCGAAUGACAUGGUGAUGUGCCGGUCUAUUCUUGCUGGCCACAAGGACUUUGUGCUUUCGGUUGCUUACUCGCCUGACGGCAACUGGAUUGUGUCUGGUAGCAAGGAUCGCGGUGUGCAGUUCUGGGACCCGCGCACGUCGCAGACCCAAUGCAUGCUGCAGGGGCAUAAGAACUCGGUUAUUUCGGUUGCUCUGUCGCCUACACAGACGUAUUUUGCUACUGGCUCGGGUGACUGCCGUGCGCGUAUCUGGUCUUAUGAGAACUUGCCUGCGCCGAUCUAA